CCGGAUGUUACGUAGCAGAAGGUGGGCGCAGCCUCCGAACGUGGCCAACGGGGCUGCAGCGGAGCGGCUUCACUGGGAGCCUGUCAAACACGAGCAGCACGGCCGACAUGGCGGACUGGGACGCUGACAACUUCGAGCCGGAGGAGCCGAUUAAAAAGGCGGCAGCGAUGGACAAAUGGGAAGGCGAAGACGAAGAUGAAGACGUUAAGGAUAACUGGGAUGAUGAUGAGGAAGAGAAAGAGGCAAAAAUAGAAGCAAAGAAAAUGGAGACGAAAGUCUCUGAAAAGAAAAGAUUAAGUGAAAAGAUCAAAGAGAAAGAAAACCAGUUAAAGAAGAAACAGGAGGAGCUGAAAAUGGAGCUGGAGGCCAACCAAGAAGAGCUCGCACCUGAAGAACUACUUGCAGAGAAGUUAAGAGUGAAGAAAUUACAAGAAGAUGCAGAUUUGGAACUUGCAAAAGAUGCUUUUGGUGUCAGCACUGUCACGGGUAUCGAUGCCAUGUGUCCAUCUUCCAAAGAAGAAUUCACAGAGUUUGAAAACUUGCUGAAAGAAAAGAUAACCCAGUUUGAAAAAUCUGUCCAUUAUUCAAGUUUCUUGGAUUCGUUGUUUCGAGAACUUUGUAUUUCAUUGGAAGUAGAGGACUUGAAAAAAAUCAGUGGUUCCCUUUCUGUCCUACUUAGUGAAAAACAAAAACAAGAAAAGCAACAAAACAAAGGAAAGAAGAAGAAGAAAGGAAUCUUGCCCGGUGGUGGAUUGAAAGCACAGAUGAGAGAUGACCUUGACUAUGCACAGUUUGAUGGUGGUUACGCCCAAGACUAUGAGGACUUCAUGUGACACUGGUUCCAUCACCGCCUCCUCGUGCUGUCCAGUGCCACCCUGGAACGUCUGAACUGUGUUGCCCCUUUCAUUUUGCUUCAGUGACCAGAGGGACUAUACCAGGAAGCAUCUCGUCUCAACGCUCUGUCCUAACAUUAAGAAUUGCCUUUUCUGUCGACUCACACACAAUCGUGGAAUCUGUUGCUUCACUGGAGGACACAUCGCACCAGCUGCUGUCUGACUCUUGCAGGGCGCUUUUAUUCAAUCGAUGCUCCUGUUCUCAUACCAGAUAUUCACUAUGGCAGUUUAAGUAUAGUGACAUAGAAACAAGGUUCUAUGCAAACUUUCAGACCAGAAUGUCGUGUAUUAUAGGUUGUACUUACUGCUGUUGGGUCUUUUACAGAAACAAAUGUAAAUAUCUUUAACUUUGGUUGUCAAAUGCAGAACAAUAAUUCAGUACAAUAUCAAGUUUAGUCUCUGGAGCAGUGGGUAACUUGAGACGGGUGCAACAUGUAAUUAGUACAGAUUUUAUCAAGAGAACAUGACAUUCACUGUAAGGAAAAAGGCAGAGUUCAAGAAAUGGGACUUUAAAGCUCCACAGCCAUUCUUUAUCUUGAUCCAUCUCUGGAAUAUCCUUGAAAAUAUAAAGCAGAAAUUUAGCUUACUAGUUUGAUUUGUACUAAUUCAGGAAAAGCAUGCAGAUCAGGCAAGUGGGGACAUCUUGCCACAGCUGGUCGGAUUAAUAUUUGCUUCUGCGGGCUUGUAUCAAGUGUGAUGAGGAGCGGGGGCCUUUGGGCUUCACCCCACCAUGUCUUCAUAUGGGCCACAGGGACCGUAGUUGAAAGGGACACGUUUCUCCUUUUUUCCUUUUCUAGCUAUUGACCAGUUCCACAAGUCAUCAAAUAUAUCCAGUUUUGAAGAUACAGCAUCUGUUUUUUUAAGCAUCUAAUUUAAUAAAUC